CCAGUCAGUUUUCCGUUCGUCUGUUUAAACCGCUUCUAUUUAUCCCGAAAAAGCUAUCAUGUGGGAUGUGUUUGGCAUCACGGAUGGCAUACAUGACGUCAUGUAGUAAGUACAACAGUUUACGGAAUGUAAAUUAUGUUUCCGUCUUACGGAGAAGAGAGAUUUGGGCAAAACAUUUUUGUACUGAUAAAACAGAAAAAUCAAGCAACCCCACCACCGCGGCCGGUAAGCACACAGUCACAGAAGGGACAGAUCCAAACGACAGCUUCACAUCCAAUGCUGCAAGUGCAACGAACAGGAAGACAGUCAGUAACCGACAGCAAUACGAAAAAUUUGAGGAAAAUGUCCAGAAACAAAAUUCUCUAAAUUCAGUUGCAAAUCAAGUUUCCGGCCCCAGAACACAGAGGCGUUCACCAGGCAUGAAGGGAGACGUCGUUUAUAAGACACCUCCAUCACUUUUCGACAUGGCAGUUAAUGAGUCCGAUGUUCUUGAAGGUCAGCAGCAACAGCAAAGCAACCCGGAAUUUUACCGCAGACGCAUGGAGAGUGGGUGGGGACCAGCAGCGAGUAAAAAGACGUUCAGAGCUUAUCAAGAUACCUCCACGCCAUCGCAAGUGGGAAUCAAGAAUGAUUGGAAUCUUCCGCCAUUUGUUUCAGAAAAUAGGAGGCCUAUUUAUGAACCGACAUACUAUGCUGGAUUUGCAUGUUUGAUGUGUUGUGCGUUUGUCUUAGGAUUCAGUUUCUUGAAGAAAGACCCAGAUCCCGACACCAUGGAAACUCUCAUCGCUAAGUCUUGGAUUGCAGAAGGAAAAGGAAAUCUUGCUGAAGCUGAGGAACUCUUGCAUGAAGCUCUCAAGUUGGCACAGGAUCAACAGCAUCAAGAGGGUAUCACAUACAUUUAUGACCAGAUGGCCAAUCUAUCCAUGAGGCAUGGAAACCUAACGAAGGCGGAAGGUCUCUUCAAGGAGACCUUGAAGAGAAUGAUCUCCUCGGGAACAGCGCAAGACGACAGCGCAGUCAUCGAGAUCUCCCUCAAACUAGCUAGAAUGUACGACAGGAUGAGGAGGUACACCGACUCGGAACAAGGGUUUAAUUGGUGCAUCACGACGACAGAGAAGAAACUUGAGCAAACCAAGGACAAGGAGACGAGACAGAAUCUCCUGUCACUCCUCGGGAUGUGUCUUGACUCCUACGCAAGGUCUCUGGCUACUCACGGGAGGCUGGACGAGUCGACCAAGAUGUACAAGCGAGCCUUGGUCAUAUGCCAGAAGGACUUGGAGAUCAAAGGAGUACCACAUCCUCAGACUGUUGUCUUGAUGAACGACCUGGGCACGGUUUACGACUUGGGUGGGAGGUACACGGAAGCUAUUGAGACGAUACAACAAGCUAUCGUCAUUGCCGAGCAGAGGUCACCUCAAGAUCUUCCAUCCGUUCUCUGCAACCUGGCAUCAGUGAAAAUGCAUACAGAGGAAUUUGAGGAAGCAGAGACUCACUACAAGAAGGCUUUGACCCUCGCUGAGAAACAGGGAGAUGCGGCGACCAUCUUGGAGAUCAAGAACAACAUAGCGCAACUCCAGACCAACGUCGUCAUUAAGAAAGAAAAACUGAAAGAGCAAAAAACAAAAGCUCAAAAAUCUUGAGGAGAGUCUGUUAAAUUUUAUGACUGCCUCAUCUUUGAGAGGCAAGUACAUUUUUGCAAAGGGCACUUUCAUUAGAAAAUCUCAAUUCCAUGGGAAUAUUUUAAAGGGGCACCGAAGCCAAAAUAAAUGCAGUUGACACAAAGCCCAGACCUGGAGGUUCAUUCUUGAGAGGAAAAGCUUUUUUUAUUUAUUAUAAUUUAAUUAGAAACAUCUCAAAGUCUAUAGUUAUAUUUUGGAUUGGCAGCACGGCAAAUAUUCUUAAGUUGGAAUAUUUUAGAAAGCCCAGCCGUCGAAUUUCACCUGUUUCCAAUGCACCGCAUCCAUCCAAAAGUAAUUUAGAAUAGUUUGAUAUGGCACUGAAGUCAAGACUUUAAAUCAAUUUUACUAAGCUGUUGAUCAGGAAAUGUUGCUCAGGGAACCAGUCAAGGAGUAAUGUGUAUUGAUUAAUAUUUAGGCCGGUAAUCUGCAUGAGGUCUGCUAAGCAAGAUAUUUCUGCUUACUGGCUUCAUGUAAAUGGCCUUAGGAUCAAUUGCAGUGAUUAUUAUGGCACCCAUGUACUACUUGUGGUGGAUGUUGUGACAUUUCUAUUUUGUAAAAUAUGGCUUUUGAUAAAUGAAUUUGUUUUAAUUAUUGCUGCAAAAGUUGUA